AGGCAGAACGGCACAUCUCUGUUGCCUGGAGAUACAGCAAAACAAAGCCGUCCUCAUGGUGGCCACGGUUUUUAUACUAAUCCCAUAUAGCCAGCAAUAAGCAGUGCUCUCUUCUCAGAGGAAUUGAAGCGAGGCAAGUUUACCCUGCUGGUUUUUACUUACAGGGUUUCCGAGAGAAGCUUGUGCAUUAUUCACAUGGACGGAUCUUUGACAUAGAAGGCCUGUAAUGAUAUGCACACAUAUAGUCUCUGAGACUCACAGACGUGACUGUCUUUGGCUCUAAACUGCUCUGAGAGAGAGAGAGAGAUCCAAUCACAGCAGACACGAUGGUGAAAGGGAAGAAGAAAUCGAAUGAUCCAUCAGGCAGAAAAAUCACACUCAAGAUGGCGAAGAACGCUCUGAAGGUGACUGUAGACGGCAAACGCCGCCUCGACCUCAGCAACAUGGCGAUCGCCACAUUUCCAAAGUGCAUCCUGAAGCUCUGUGACGUAGACGAGCUGGACCUCAGCCGCAACCUUCUCAAGAAGAUCCCAGACACCAUCGACAAGUUUGUGAACCUCCGUUUGCUGGAUCUGCACAGCAACCACCUGGAGCAGGUUCCUGCGGCUAUAGGCCGUCUGCCUAACCUCUACAGCCUCAACUUAUGCAACAACCAUCUGACUACCUUCGGCCUACCGCAUGAGAUCGGGCUCUUGAGGAACCUACAGGUCCUCAACCUGGGAAUGAACCGCAUCGAGACUCUACCUCCAUCUGUGGCUGCUCUCAAAGAGCUUCGUGAACUAGGGCUCUUCAACAACCUCCUGACGCAUUUGCCCAAGUGUGUUCAAAACCUCCCAAAACUGCAGAAGAUGAACGUCAAAUCCAACCCCAUCCCUACGGACGAGCCUUCAGAGGUGGACUGCAUCCAGAGAGUGGAGAGUCUGUACUUAGUGAGGGAGGACUGUCUGUGUACUGACUGCUUUAAGAGGUGUAAGGAGGAAAGGGAGAAGCUUCACAGUCGAAUAAGUGCAUCUUCUACACUAAAGAAGUCCAUCUUUGCGGGUCUCCUAACGCCAAACUCUGUAGCACAGGAGAACCAGGCUUUAUGGAGGUGAACAUGUAGACUAGUUCAAAUCCUGAUAUCUCCCUAUAAUAAGUCUUUGCAAGAUGAUUUGUAAUUGUGUGUGUGUUCAAUGCAAUACAAUGAUGAUUGAGAGAGGUCCGUAACCAGGCCUUGAACAUUGGGGGUACCGAUUUUUUUAUUAUAAAUCAUAAAGAUGUCAUAAAGAGGUCUAAUUCUAGUUUGAACUGUUUGCAAAUAAUAUUUGCAUUAAAAUGUGCACAUACAGUACAGUCCAAAAGUUUGGAACCACUAAGAUUUUUAAUGUUUUUAAAAGAAGUUUCGUCUGCUCACCAAGGCUACAU